CCCCACUGGUUCUCCCUGUUGUCCGCGGACGGGAACUCUCCCGAGUGUGUCGGUUUGUGUUCGUGAAGUCGGAUGUUACCGACUGAACCGGAGAAAACUGUCGGCUCGUUGUCCCCCGGAGGCCGUCCGGACCGCCACGCGUUCAUAACGCCUCUCCCUCGACAUUAAAACCGGCGACGGGAGAUGGAAGUCCGUGUAACGUAAAGCGGGGGCAAGCUGUCGCGGUCGCCCGGUUGGUCCACAAGUUGAAUCCACAGUGGUACCAUGGAUGCUGCGGGAUACCAGCACGAGUCGCGCUUCACAGAAGCAGAGAGUCUUUGGCAUGCGACAUCAGGAGAUCUGGAUCAGAGGAGCAGAGAUGGAGAGAGCUGGAAGCUGGUGUGUGCGUUCCUGUCGGGAGGAGCACCGUGGGGGUUCACUCUCCGGGGAGGACUGGAGCACCGAGAGCCUCUGCUCAUCACCAAGGUGGAGGAGGGCAGCAAGGCGGCGUCCGUGAGUCUCCAGGUGGGAGACGAGCUCGUCAACAUCAACGAGAUCCCCCUGAGCGGCUUCAGACAGGAGGCCAUCUGCCUGGUGAAAGGCUCCCACAAGACCCUCAGCCUGGUGGUGAAAAGGAGGAACGAACCCAUAAGCAGGCCUCACUCCUGGCACGCCACCAAGUUCAACGAGGGCCAAUCAGAGACCGCCAAAACGCAGUCCCCGCCCACACAGGUCUGGCACGCCAGAUAUGACGCAAGCUCCUCCUCGACGGACCUUUCCUCCGGCUGGGAGCAAACUGACCUGCGCAGGGUGUCGGACCAGUUCAGCUCCCUGGGCAGCAUGGACAGCCUAGAGCAUGCCUCGCACCCGUACCCCGCCGGCCAGCUGUCGCCCGCCAAGUCCAACAACAGCAUGGAGCAUCUCGGAGGAGGGAAGCGAGACUCGGCCUACAGCUCCUUCUCCACCAGCUCCGGCACCCCCGACUACACCCUCUCGAAGAACAACGCCGCCUCGACGGAGAACAUGCUCUGUAAAGUCGGUCAGUGGGACGCGGCGGGGAAGCACAACAAUGCCAGAAACAGCCAGGGCGCGAUCGAGGGAGUCAAGCAGGACGACCGGGUGGCGUACUUCCAGAUGCCGGGAGUUAACUCGGGCUGCGCCGGUCCACCGGCCGACGACUCGGCCGGCUCGCGCCACUCCACGUCGAGCAGAACCGGCUUGGGACCCGUUUGGCACGUCCCCGAAGCGAAAAAGAAGACCGCUUCCCCGUCACCGCCGCCUCCCCCUCCGCCGGCACGCAGUGACAGUUUCGCCGCGACAAAGGUGCACGAAAGGGGGCUCGUCAUCGCUCACCCCGAAGGACCCGAAUCGCACGUCGCCGGCAAGACCGCCAGCGAAACCCGCCGCAGCCACAACCCACCCCUGAAAAGUGACGGCGACGUUUCACACACUUCUUCUGAUAAAUCGAACCAGUUGGCCUCAAACAAGCAGCCGUCCCCGUCCGGCAGUGACGUUUGGCAAAACCAGCCCUCCCAUCAGAGACACCACAGUGACAAAAGCACUUUUUACUCUCAGCCCCGAACUAUGUCCGUACCGAAGCCGCAGAACGUCGGGGGCUACUACUGUAGCAUGCAGGAGCUGCCGACUAACGGUUCUGCACAACACUUCGGUCAGAACCACAGGAGGAACUUAAGCUCCUCCCUGUCCACCACAGCCGCCGAUCAAAGCACCGACAGCAGUCGACAUAGCCGGUACUACUGCGUCACAACGGUUCAGCCCACGUCGGGAAAACCCGAGGACCGGAAGAGCGUCGCUGGCUCAGACCUGGCACAGCCCGGAAAUGAGCGCAACUCUCUCAGCCCGCAGACGGUCACCACGGUGAAGUACCAUCUGCCCCAACAGCAGCAACACUCCUCCCUCGGUAAAGACAGCAAUGGGUACGGCAAGCACCAAGUUACCACUGUGAUAGAAACCUCUGGACCCAAAUCCAGCUCCGACGAUAGGGGGGGCCAGAGAGGACACGGCGCGGAGGCUCAGUUCACGAGUCACGCCGCCAGCAGGCCCCCUGAGCAGCGGAGGUCUCUGCCGCCACAACACCACCAAGACGUCCGACAUCACGGCCAAGCGAGCAACCAGAUCUGCCCCCAGGCGACCCCCAUGCUCCACUUCCUCUCCAUGGACGACGUCGCGGGCCAAGACGAGGCAACGAGAGGCCCGAACGCAGCGGAGUCCCUCGACAGCAAGAUGGCGAGACGCAGCGACAGGUUCGCCACCACGUUGAGGAACGAGAUCCAGAUGAGGAGAGCCAAGCUGCAGAAGAGUACAAGUGCAGCCGCCCUUCCUGGUACCGAGGGACAGACUGGGGACGAUCCGGAUGUCUGGAAGUCCACCGAGAGUCCCACCACGCCCUCUGCAGACGGCUCCUUCACCAGCUCCUACAAGGAUAAUCUGAAGGAAGCACAAGCCAGGGUGCUGAAGGCCACGUCUUUCAGGAGGAAAGACCUGGAGCCCGUCUUGCUGGAGCACCCGGCGGCCGAGGCCUUACCCAACUACCCUUCCUCGGCGCUGGCCCGGAAAGACGUCGCCCCUCUGCCGACCGUCUCGGAGUCUGUGAUGAGCAAGUCGGGUCAGGUGACUCGCAUUGGCGGCCGUAAGCGUUUUUCCGCGGACAAGAAGGUGCGGUCUUUCUCUGAACCGGGCAAAAUCCACGAAGUCGGGGUGAAGGAGGAUCUCCAUCGCAACGAGAGCUCCUCGCUAGACCAUCAGAAGCUCCGUAAGGAAAGCGGGAAGCCGGCUUUCCUCAAUCACCUCCCCCCCCGGCGCAGUGCGGAGACCAAGACUCGAGGUCUCGCCUCCGCCAGUGAAACAGAGGACACGAUGAGACCCGCUGAGGAGGUCCAGGAAGGUCCUCACUCUGCACACAAGCAGGUCGUCCUAGACCAGCAAAGACUGGGGACCUUCGCGGAGUAUGAGGCCAGGUGGAAUAUACAGAAACCCCCUCCGGAGACGAGAGCCCCCGGGCGGUACCGGUCAGCUGAUAACAUCCUGGAUCCAGGACCGGAGGAGAGAACCAAACCCACCUGUUUCCACGAGAGAUCUCGAUCGUCUCCUUCGACUGACAUCUACGGACAGAAGAUUCCAGUUCCCGCAAGAGAGAACGAGACGGAAUAUUCCCCGACGGAGACUAAACCCGCCGAGCCGCCGGUCGCCGCCACGGGGUUCCUCGACGACUGCAAAGAGAGAGAGACGCAUUGCGACCCGGACCUCGCACCCGGACCCGGUCCCGCUCAGACCCGCGGACCCGCGUCCGUCUCCCGCGGUCUGGCCGAGGUCGCCCCCCCUCCUCCGCCCGAAUGCCCGGAGGUGGACUCCCUGGAGUCCCUCUCCGGUCCUCACGCCGACCCGGACCCAAUGGGAGACUCUGAGCCGAGCAGAGGACAGGAGGACCAAGGGGAAGCCGGCCCCCUGCCGCCCCCCCACAGACCUCCGGUCACCGUGGAGGUGCGGCGCUCUCCAUCCCCACAGUUCUCUCCUCAGAGACUCAGUGACAAGCCUCCGGUCUCUCUGCAGGACUCAAACAGGGCGGAGCAUGUGAUAGAGAACCAACAUCCUGCGGUGAAGAAGGUUCCCAUCAGGAUCGUCCACUCGGAGGGCGUCUCGGAGCAGGGGGCGUGUCCUUACCUGCAGCAAGCCGACGCCCCCGCCGCGCAGGCCGAGGGUCCCGGCGUGAUCCGGCUCGGCGGUCCGGUGGGCGCCGCGGUGCCCGACUCGGACUUCUGUGCGUUCGCCCGGCAGACGGACGCCUACAUGACCACCGUCGGAGGUCACACCGAGACCCCGUGUGAGGACCAGAAGAGGGAGGAGCUGGCCAGGAGCAUCAUGGGAAAGGAUAAAUCGCUGGCUGACAUUCUGGACCAGAGCAAGAUGAAGACCACCAUGGACUUGAUGCAGGGUAUCUUCCCUCAGGGGGAGCAGCUGCUGGAAGGAGCCCACCAGCACAGGAAGGUCAGCCGGCCCGCCGAGGAAAGGGAGAAGGAGGACAGCAUGGCUGCAGCCGUUGCCCUGGUGACCAGCUCCACCUACUACAGCACGUCUGCUCCCAAAGCCGAGCUCCUCAUCAAGAUGAAGGACAUGCAGGAGCAGCAGGAGGAGGAGGAGGAGGAGGAGGAAGAGGAGGAAGACGAGCUGGACAUCGACCUGGCCUACAAGAAGCAGCAGCUGAUCGACAGCCUCAGCAAGAAGCUGCAGGUUCUGCGCGAGGCCCGUGAGAGUCUCCAGGAGGACGUCCUGGACAACAACGCCCUGGGGGACGAGGUGGAGGCCCGGGUCCAGCAGGUCUGCAAGCCCAACGAGCUGGACAAGUUCCGGAUGUUCGUGGGGGACCUGGACAAGGUGGUGAGCCUCCUGCUGUCGCUGUCGGGCCGCCUGGCGAGGGUGGAGAACGCCCUGAACGUGGAGGAGGACGUCACCGCGGAGGAGCGGCGAACGCUGAUGGAAAAGAGGAAGCUUCUGAUCCGGCAGCACGAGGACGCCAAGGAGCUGAAGGAGAACCUGGACCGCCGGGAGCGCCUGGUCUCCGACAUCCUGGCCCACCACCUGCCGGCGGACAGCCUCACGGACUACGAGCACUUUGUGAAGAUGAAGUCGGCGCUCAUCAUCGAGCAGCGGAAGCUGGAGGAUAAAAUCAAGCUGGGCGAGGAGCAGCUGAAGUGUCUGACGGACAGCCUGCCGAUGGAGCAGCGGCUCGCCUUGUGAGGGCGCGCCGCACCUCGCGGCCAGCAGAGGGAGCCAGAGACGAGCGGACAUUUUUGUAGUUUUCUUAACUCGGACUCGCAGCACCCAGACGCUGCAUCUCGGGUCUUUCAUGGCGUUUCUUUUUUUUUUUUUGCAGUUUUUUUUAUUAUUAAUUAUUAUUAUUUUUUUUAGUAAUUUAUUGUAGCCUUUUGAAUCUACGCAGGAGGGGACAGUAUUUUACCUUCUACUGAUUUGAGCAGCCGAGCUUCCUGAAACACGUUCGUAACAUAAUUUCACUGAAACGCGUCAAAAUCUGGCCGAACAUUUCAGUUUUUAACCUUUUUUUAAUUUACAUUUAAACUCGUGGCCUUGGAGGUUCUGGCUUCCCCGUGAAGACGCUUCUCUUCGCCAGAUGAGCUUCAGCUUCAGUCUUUUAACUCCAAUCAUUGUUCUGCAGUGCCUGUGAAAUGCCGUCUGCUCUUUUAGUAAAAGGAAGAGACUCGUGAUGGAGCGUUUCUGUGUUCUCAGUUAUUGGUUAUUCACGGUGCAGAUGUUAAAGUGUCACCACAGUUGUUACUUCUAGAUGCAUUUAAAACACUAAGUAUAAUUGCCCCCCCCCCACGCACACACACACACACAUUGGAGGUUGUUUGUUCUGCACAUUUUGAUUCCACGCUUCGCUGCAGCCCGACUCGUAACACUUUACCAGCUCCUUUACAUCAAAUAAAAGAGUCUGCUG